UGUGUGCACUUCCAGGAAUACUGAAACCAAUCCCAGAUGUCAAGGGAGGAGCAAAAGUGUCCUUAUUAACCAAGCUGUGGACCUUAACUCCAACUCAUUGUGUGGUUGUCAGACGAAUCAGUCAUGGGACUGCUGCUACCGAUCCUUGUUGUUUUUCUUGCUUCUCUGAUUGGAGGGUUGUACCUCCUGGGGGUUUUUCGAAAGCGGCGACCAGGAGAACCCCCAUUGGAUAAGGGGCUCAUCCCUUGGCUGGGUCAUGUCUUAGAGUUUCGCAGGGACACAUUAAAGUUUCUAGAGAGAAUGAAGCAAAAGCACGGUGAUGUAUUCACAGUGCAGCUGGGAGGACUUUAUUUUACAUUUCUUCAGGACCCUCUGUCAUUUGGGGCAUUUGUCAAGGAGAGUCGAGAAAAGCUGGACUUCAACAACUAUGCCCGGCAACUGGUGCGUAAAGUCUUUGGUUACAUAGGUAUAGAGGAAGAGUACCAGAUUCUCCACAUGUCCACCAACAAGAACCUGAAGGGGGAAGGCCUGGAGGUAAUAACACAAGCCAUGAUGAGUAAUUUUCAGAACCUCAUGUUGCACAACAUCAGCUCAGCUGCAGACCAGAAGACCUGGAUUGAAGAUGGACUGUUUAUGUACUGCUACAAUAUUGUUUUUAGGGCUGGCUACUUAUCCCUGUAUGGCAAUGUGCCGCCCAAGUCUGAAGAGAAUGAGGGGAGUGCCAAAGAGAAAGACAGAGCUGAAUCAGAUGCCUUAUUUUACGAGUUUCGUAAAUAUGACCAACUUUUCCCCAACCUGGCUUAUGGGGUCCUGCCCCCGAGGAAAAGGUUGGAAGCACAGAGGCUAAUGGAAUUCUUCUCGGACGCUCUGUCAGUGCAGAAGAUGAAGGUCAAGGACAACAUCAGUCGCUGGGUGUGGGACAUGCAGCAGGCCAAAGAGGAGUUUGGUAUGGACGAGUCAAUGAUAAACAGGUACAUGUUUGUGCUUCUUUGGGGCGCUCAGGGCAACACGGGUCCUUCUUCAUUUUGGCUGCUCCUCUUCCUCAUGAAGCACCCAGAAGCUAUGAAGGCUGUGAAGGAAGAGGUAGAUAAGGUUCUGAAGAAAUCUGGGCAGGAAGUCACACGUGGUGGCCCUUUGGUCGACCUGACCCGUGACAUGUUAAUGAAAAUGCCAGUCUUAGACAGCGCUGUAGAGGAGACCCUCCGACUCACUACUGCACCACUCCUCAUGAGGGCAGUGAUGCAAGAUACAGCGAUCAAGAUGGCUGAUGGUCAUGAAUUCCUUGUUCGCAAGGGCGACAGAAUGGCAAUCUUUCCAUACAGUGCUGUUCACAUUGACCCAGAAAUCCACCCUGACCCACAUUCAUUCAAAUAUGACCGCUUUCUGAAUCCAGAGGGGAAAAAGAAAACUGAUUUUUACAAAGGAGGGAAGAAGGUGAAGUAUUUCUACAUGCCCUGGGGUGCUGGGGUCUCCAUGUGUCCUGGGCGUUUCCUUGCCACCAAUGAGCUGAAACAGUUUGCUUUCCUCAUGCUUGUCUACUUCGACUUUGAGCUGAAGAAUCCUGAUGAGAAGAUACCUGAAAUUGACUACAGUCGAUGGGGCUUUGGAUCAAUGCAUCCCCAAAGAGACAUUCAGUUUCGAUACAGACUCAGAUAUUAAACCUGCAAUCAGAUUGUUGGGGGUUUUUCUGAUUGUGAUCAUCUCAGUAGGCUUUAAUU